AUGAAACCUGUAAAAGGUGUCACGAUUAUCGACGAUCCGCAAGUACACGAAGACCAACACGUCCACGCCGUGUAUGACCAGAUUGCAUCUCACUUUUCAUCCACUCGGUACAAGCCUUGGCCUAUCAUAGCCAAAUUUCUCUCUGACCUCCCAACUGGCUGGAUUGGUCUGGACUCGGGAACAGGGAAUGGGAAAUAUCUUCCUCUGCCUGCAGAUCGCCCCGGUAGUAUAUUAACAAUCGGCCUUGAUCGAAGUCGCAACUUGCUUCAGAUCGCCCAGCACGCCGGGAGUGAGUCUGGGUGUCUAAUCACUCGGGAGGUUGUUUGGGGUGAUGUCCUUGGAAGUGGUUGGAGAUCAGGCGUAUUCGACUACACCAUAUCUAUAGCUACGAUCCAUCACCUGGCAUCGCAUGACCGUCGAAAGCUCGCCGUGCAGCGUCUGUUACAGGCUGUCUCUCCAGUUCAUGGUCGCGUGAUGAUCUAUGUAUGGGCCAUUGAGCAGGAUGAGCUAUCCAAACGGUCGAUCCCAGCUAGUGACACCAAUGGAUCGGACUACCCUAUGACUGGCGAAGAUGUCUUCGUGCCCUGGGUAAUGUCUCAGAACCAGCACACUGCGAGAGGGAAAUCCAAAAACGACAUCCCCUCUUCAGCUACAUCGAAAGAAGCCGCGUCAGCUGUCCCAAUGUCAGCGGUGGAGACUCCCGUAUACAACAGAUACUAUCAUAUGUUUGCGAAGGGCGAACUUAAACAGCUCACGGUUCAAGCAGCUGAAGAGUUUGGACUGAUGAUUGGAUCACGAGAGAGAGCAAAUGCUAAGAGAUGUAGAGGCGUUGAGAUUAUCCAAGAAGGAUGGGAACGGUCAAAUUAUUAUGUCGAGUUACGGCGCUGGGUAUCUUGA